AUUAUGUGGGCGUGGCCUGGAAGUGACCGGCCGGGUCAAUGUUCCAUCGCGGUGAGCAGGGAUCUACAGACGGAAUGCGGGGAUCGGAGGGUGACAGCAUAAUGUUUGAUGACAACAUUCCAAUUCAUGAUGAGUUCAUCUACUGUCUUGGAGCUGCUACACAAGUCCUUAAAUUUGGACCAUGGAGAGACUUGAAGAAGACCAACGAUGAUUUUCCAGAAAUUCUGUUCCUUGUCAUUCCUGGUAAUCCCGGAGUUGUGGGAUUUUACAAGACGUUCAUGCACUCCCUGUACUGCGGUUAUAACAAGAAGUACCCUGUGUGGGCCAUUAGCCAUGCUGGACACUGUUCACCACCCCCAGGGAUGGACAUGACUGAUGAUAUGGACCAGGCAGAAGAUGUAUUUGGCCUUAAUGGACAAAUCGAGCAUAAGCUCUCUUUCCUGCAGAAGAAUAUUCCGGCUGACAUGAAGCUGAUUCUGAUUGGUCAUUCCAUUGGUUGUUACAUCAUACUGGAGAUGAUGAAGCGAUUACCUGGUCUUAAGGUUUUAAAGUCUAUUUUGCUGUUUCCUACUAUUGAAAGGAUGGCUCAGUCACCACAAGGCAAGAUCAUGACUCCGAUUCUGUGCAGCCUGCGAUACAUUGUCUACAUGCCCCUAUACCUGCUCUCUUUCUUGCCAGAAGUCGUGAAGGCAUCUCUGGUGAAGUUUGCCCUGCGUGGAAUUAAAACUGUAGAUGAAGCUUCGCUGACUGCUUCGCUGGACCUCUUCAGAGUGGAAUGUUCUGUAAACGCCAUGUACAUGGGAAGCCAAGAAAUGCUAAAGGUCUUAGAGAGAGAUGAUGACACUAUUAAGUACAAUUUAAACAAGCUGAUAUUCUACUACGGGGCCUCUGACCACUGGUGUCCGGUCCAGUAUUAUAAAGACCUGAAGAAGGACUUUUCUGAUGGCAAUAUCUGGCUAUGCAAUCGAGGAAUCAGACAUGCCUUUGUUCUGGACUCUAGCAAAGACGUGGCCUCCAUUAUCAUAGGCAUGUUAGGAAAGUUAUUAUAGGUACACGUUAUUAAAGAACACCU